AUCAUGAAAUAUUUUAUUGUUGUGGCUUGCCUUUUUGCCGCUGCAAAUGCAGUUUCAAACGAAUUCAUGGCUGAUUUCGUAGGUAAAAUACGAAACUUUGGUGGAAAAUGUGUUGGUGAAGUAAACGCCCAACCAGGUGAUAUCGAUACUCUGUUGGCCCAUAAAGUACCAGAAUCCCACGAAGGAAAAUGCCUAUUGUUCUGCAUCCACAAGAACUUUGGAGUGCAAAAGGACGACGGAGGUAUCAGUUUGGAGGGAGGUAUAAAAUUUUUAGAACCUCUAAGAGCCGACGAUCCAGUCAUGUACGAUAACGUUAGGAAAAUUGCAGUGGUGUGCGCCACAAAAGUUCUACCAGAUGGUGAUCCAUGCCAGACAGCUGUUAAUAUUAAUUUGUGUUUGGUCGAACAAGGAAAACUUGUUGGUAUUACAAGUGAAUUGUUCGAGAUUUAAACUUUAACCUAAAGUGGUGAAUGCGAGUUAAUAUUUGUAGUUUUGUUUAAUGUACUAAUAAAAUCAAUGUUCUAAAUAUA